CCCUCCCUCCCCGCCCGGAGCCUGCCAGCUCCCGCUCGCUCCCUGCCCACUCCCGGGGGGCCGAUCCGUGGCGCGGGCCGCCGCGGCCACCGCUUCUUUCACACUUUAGUUGCGAGCCGCGCGCCGCGCUCAGUGACUGGAGAGCUGGCCGCGCGCCGCCUUCCUGCACGCACGCACGCGGGCCGGGCUCCGGGUUUUUUUUUUUUUUUUUCUGCUUUUUUUACUCCAGGCGGCGGGGAGGAGGGGGAGCCCCCGGCCACACUGUAGGGAGGAGGAGGACGUGAAGGAGGGAGAAAGAGCACAGGCGAGGAGGCCAGGGGCGGGGGGCGGGGGGCUUGCCACCUUCGGCCCCCCCCGCGAGCGCCCCAAGGUGCACACAUUGUGACCAACAGCAGCAGCAGCAAGGUGGAUUUCCUUUGUGCUUGAAGAGAGAGAGAGAGAAUAAACAUGUCUCCGUGUCUGUAGAGAUGAUUUGCAGUUCAGCCCGGCUGAAGCUGACCGAAUGAGACUAUGGGCUGUGCCUCUGCCAAGCAUGUUGCUACUGUUCAAAAUGAAGAGGAAGCCCAGAAAGGGAAGAACUACCAGAACGGAGAUGUGUUUGGCGAUGAGUAUAGGAUCAAACCCGUGGAAGAGGUCAAAUACAUGAAAAACGGGGCAGAAGAGGAGCAGAAAAUAGCAGCCAGGAACCAAGAAAACCUGGAAAAAAGUGCCAGCUCAAAUGCAAGGCUUAAAACUAAUAAAGAAAUUCCUGGAUUAGUCCAUCAACCCAGAGCAAACAUGCACAUCUCUGAAAGCCAACAAGAAUUCUUCAGAAUGCUGGAUGAAAAAAUUGAAAAGGGUCGGGAUUACUGUUCUGAAGAAGAGGAUAUCACAUAGCAUCGAUUCUUCCACGCAGACAAGGAGCUACUACUGUGUAAAUAGGUUACACCCCAGUUGAAACCUUUGCAAAGGUCGGUUCUCUUCACUGAACAGCACUAUAGCAAACGAAGACCGGUCCAUAUCGUAUGCCCCAUUUAAUUACAGUGUUUCUUAAUGAACCUGCCAAGGAAUAUUGCUAAACACAAACACAAAACUGUUCUGGAACUUUCUUUGUUGCUGCUAGUUAAAACUUGUUGCAACUUUUCACUUCUCUUGUGUCCAAGUAUGCAGCAAAAUUCUGCAAUUCACCUUAAAGAUACUAUUGGUUUUACGAUGCUCUCUGGCCUAUUUUCUAUAAGAUGAGGUUGAGGUAGAGGUGAACUCUCAUACAGACUCCAGUUCUAGCCUGGUUCUGCUUUGAUGUCAGGCAGCCCCUCCCCUUCUUUCCUCCCCCAUCUCUUCCAAGUGGUCCAGAGGUGCCCUGAGCCUUGCUUCUCCCUGGUAAUGGGAGGCUUUGGACAUGGGAUGGUGGCCUUGGUGAGCCUUGUUUCUCUGCUCAAAAGUAGAAGAGCCACAGUUGACUAAAAGCAUGUCGUGACCUGACUCCUGGAAGUGACAUAGGGGCGAGCAUAGGUGGUUCCACUUCCUAGGACUCUGAGUGCAGGAUUAAGCUUGUAGGGUUGGCUUUGCUCACGUGCAGAAGUGUGACCACAAUCAUCUUGAAUCCCUCUUCCUCACUCUUUUUUUUUUUUCUAAGAAAUAAACAUUUUACUGUUUUUAUGUAUCCUUGUCUUCUCCCAUUCAUCCAGUUCAGCAUUUUAAGAUGAUCCCAGGGGUGGAAGUUUAGUCCUCCUUCACAGUGACACUGACGAUGGCCUACAUGGCUCCCCACACUCUGUUGACAUCUGCCACGGUGUGGAAGGGCUGUAAGUGGUCGGAAGAGAUGAGGGACGUCCCGGUGACUUCUUAGGAGGGCUGGAAACCACCGUUAGCUUUCUUUUUGUUAGCUAUUAAACACGCUAUUUUCUGAUUCUCCCCCUUCAAUAUGCUACCUGAGCCUUGCCCCUUCCCUUGUGUUUCCAGCUCCGGUAGUAUGGGUAAAAAGGUGUCUACCUGGAAAUCAUAGGAUAUUCACACUGGUGAUGUUAUUCGGAGAUGUGAAAGCCAAAAGCCCCUGCUGGUGGGGAAGUAUUGACUGUGUUCAGUAGAGUUUAUUUUUCCAUACUAUAUGAAGAGAAAAACCUCUUCUCAAAGACAGAAGUAAUAUUUUUAACAAAUAUUGUCACAAGUAAAUAGCAAUCAAAAGGAGAAAAUAACUUUUGUAUUUUUUUAAUCGUGUUUGAUAGCUUUGAUGAGGGUUCUCUUUGUUACUUUCAGGGGAGGGCACCCUGUUAAAUGCCAUGCCAGCAGUCCAGGGUUGGGCUUGUCUCUCUCUCUCUCUCUCUCUCUCUCUCUCUCUCUCUCUCACACACACACACACACACACACACACACACACACAUACACACCAAGAGACACACACACAAAGGAAUGCUGUGGUUUUUUUUUCUCUGAAGGUUAUGAAUUUCAAGGGCCUCACUAUCAGCCACACUGCCACCUUUGGAAGGUGGAAUAGUUUCAAGAGGGAUAGGUAAGACGUUCCCAACUGUCAAAAGAUUGUCUGCCACAGAACAGAAUGGGAAGCUGAAUCUGUUCUUGCCAAAGUGAUACUUGACUUUCAGAUCUGUCCACAAAAAAAUGGCAAGAUUCUUCAUCUCCUGUCAGACCCGAGGCAGCAAAAGUCAGGGAAAGAAAAUGUAGUUGAGUGCUAUAGAAAAUGGACUAGGGUGCUAGCAACAAAAUCCCAUAAUUCUUGCAGCCAGCAGCAGCUAUUUUGGGGAGCAGCUGUGCUUGUUACAUAAAUAGAGAGUUGCAGCCAAAAGCUAAGGCUUUUUAUCCUGCUUCAAGCAGAAAAAUGCAGGGAGAGUCGAGUAGUCAAGGGUUUUAAAUUCCCUCCCCUUGUAUGGUUUUUUUGGCCAAAGGACGAAAAUAGUUUUCCUCAACUGUAAAUGAACUGUUAAACCCCACCUCAAACUUGUUCACUGGAGACUUUGUUUACUGUUCUCUGGAUGGCCAUUUCCGGGAUCUCAUGCUCUUAUCAAGAAAGAAUGAAGUGAAUGUUAAUGUCUUCCAUUUGACCCCUCUACUCGGUGUCUAAGACAGUGUCUUCCCAGGAAAUCAACACCCUCUGCCUGAAGAUGAGAAACCCAUGUCUUUUUCCUCAGUCACAUUUAGCAUUUUGGAUGUCACUCAUGUUUCUUGGGACCCUCCCUUUGAGUGUUAAUGAAACCCUAAGUGCUGUUUAGGAAACAGCAGUUUUUCACAGUUCUGUCUCCUGUGUUUCAUGCUGGAUACCUCUAUGCUGUACAAAAGUGAUUUCAUCUUCAGAUAUGUUCAGUUGCCUCUAGAAUUAGGUCCAAGAAAUGGGAUGGUUGAGUGGGUUGGCAUGAAAUGCUUGGCUAUGUUAGCAGCACUCAAAACUGUCUGUUUUCCAUUUGUUGGUUUGAAUCAUAAAAUUGUCAAGUGAUUUGUGUUUGUACUUUAUUUUUCUAUACCAACUGGAAGGAUCUAAAUUAAAAAAUAUAUGGCCCUCCACUGUAUCAGAA